AUGCCGCACUCUCGCUCUAUCGCGCUGCCGCGUUCUCGCUCUAGCGCUCUCCUGCACCCUCUCUCCCUCGCUCUGCCGCACUCUCUCUCUCGCUCUGCCGCACUCUCUCUCUCGCUCUGCCACACUCUCUCUCUCGCUCUGCCGCACACUCUCUCCCUAUCGCUCUGCCGCACUCUCGCUCUUUCGCUCUGCCGCCGCUCUCCUACACCCUCUCUCCCUCGCUCUGCCGCACUCUCUCUCUCGCUCUGCCGCACUCUCUCUCUCGCUCUGCCACACUCUCUCUCUCGCUCUGCUGCACACUCUCUCUCGCUCUGCCGCACUCUCUCUCUCGCUCUGCCACACUCUCUCUCUCGCUCUGCCGCACACCCUUUCCCUAUCGCUCUGCCGCACUCUCGCUCUUUCGCUCUGCCGCGUUCGCGCUCUAUCUCUCUGCCGCAUUCUCUCUCUCGCUCUGCCGCAUUCUCUCUCUCGCUCUGCCGCAUUCUCUCUCUCGCUCUGCCGCAUUCUCUCUCUCGCUCUGCCGCAUUCUCUCUCUCGCUCUGCCGCAUUCUCUCUUUAGCUCUGCUGCAUUCUCUCUCUAGCUCUGCCGCAUUCUCUCUCUCGCUCUGCCGCAUUCUCUCUCUCGCUCUGCCGCAUUCUCUCUCUCUCGCUCUGCCGCAUUCUCCCUUACGCUCUGCCGCAUUCGCUCUCUCGCUCUGCCGCAUUAUCUAUCUCUCGCUAUGCCGCAUUAUCUCUCUAUCGCACCGCCGUUCUCUCUCCCUGUCGCUAUGCCGCACUCUUGCUCUAUCGCGCUGCCGCGUUCUCGCUCUAGCGCUCUCCUGCACCCUCUCUCCCUCGCUCUGCCGCACUCUCUCUCUCGCUCUGCCGCACUCUCUCUCUCGCUCUGCCACACUCUCUCUCUCGCUCUGCCGCACACUCUCUCCCUAUCGCUCUGCCGCACUCUCGCUCUUUCGCUCUGCCGCGUUUGCGCUCUAUCUCUGUGCCGCAUUCUCUCUCUCGCUCUGCCGCAUUCUCUCUCUCGCUCUGCCGCAUUCUCUCUCUCGCUCUGCCGCAUUCUCUCUCUCGCUCUGCCGCAUUCUCUCUUUAGCUCUGCCGCAUUCUCUCUCUAGCUCUGCCGCAUUCUCUCUCUCGCUCUGCCGCAUUCUCUCUCUCGCUCUGCCGCAUUCUCUCUCUCUCGCUCUGCUGCAUUCUCCCUCACGCUCUGCCGCAUUCGCUCUCUCACUCUGCCGCAUUAUCUAUCUCUCGCUAUGCCGCAUUAUCUCUCUAUCGCUCCGCGGCAUUCUCUCUCCCUAUUGCUCUGCCGCACUCUCGCUCUAUCGCUCUGCCGCGUUCUCGCUCUAUCGUUUUGCCACAUUCUCUCUCCCGCUCUGCCGCAUUCUCUCGCUCCCCCUCCCUUGA